GUUGCAAUUAGUUUUUGUUUUUUAUGGCGCGCGAUGCAACAAAGAUUUUCGCAAAUAGGUAGUUGCGAUACUGAAAUAUUAUUGUUGUGUUUCUCUGAUACUUCGCUUGCCUUGCUUCUUCUGUGUACGCUCCAUCGGCCUUCACAGCUCAGUCGAUCAAAUCAAGGUGUCUUGGCGCGCAUCGGCCAAAAUCAAAGCGUUCCUGUCACUGACUAGGGCUCGUCAGAUGGCGCAAUAGGCCAAGCUGCACCACCCUGCAUAUCGCAUUAUCAUGAGGUUAGACUGCGCCAUCGCGUGCCGUGCCCUCUUCUUAACUUUGUAGAAGAUGUCGCAUGAAGUCUCUUCUCAGAACCCGGCGUCGUCGUCGCUCAACCGAGUGGAUGAGACGCACGACGACAGCCUUCCCCAUCACGCAUCCGAGCCUGGCCGUCGUCCCUCUUCAUCCGGAAGGGGACUGCGACGCAUCGAGUCCAGAGAGCAGCGGAUCGGCACAAUACUCGAGAGAGGCAUAGCCCGAGCCCAAACGAACCAAUCUGACUCCACCACUCAAUCGACGACCAAACGCAUGGAGCCGUUACUGGGCAAUGCCUCGCGGCAAAGACAACAUCACGAAGACACUAGCGACGACGAUGGCCUGGAAAUCGGCCGCCCAGGACGAAACGGGGCCGCCGGGAAGCGCAGGGACUCGGGUUCACAGCCGAACUACCAGACGAUAAACGCACAACAAAAUCAGGGCAGCAGGAUCAGUGCCGACGGGUCGACUAUACACAGGCGUUCUACCGCCAGCAAUCACAACAGGAGACGGGGCACCAGUGGGAAUGCCACUCGCCAGGUAGACCGUGAAGCUGACGGACGUCAGACCGAGGGAGAAAGUGAUGGUAAUGGCCUCUUCGCCUGGGUCAGAGCCACGAUGGCCAUGUUCAUGUCUGUAGAGCUGGACAACAAAGGCAGUGUAGCCAGGGAUCACCUCGCUCUUGAGCGUACGUUCUUGGCAUGGUUGCGGACGUCCGUGUCUUUUGCUUCGAUCGGUAUAGCCGUCACACAACUUUUCCGACUCAACACAUCGAUCAAUAGCGGCAGGGACCGUGAUGGAGAAUCCGGUCGUGACUUGGCCGAGCUCCGCCGGCUGGGGAAACCUCUUGGUGCUGCUUUCCUGGGGAUCAGCAUCCUGAUCCUCUUCCUGGGCUAUGGGCGCUACGUACGUGGGCAGCGAUGGGUUAUGGACGGCCGCUUUCCCGCAUCACGUGGAACGGUGAUCCUCGUGACUCUGCUUACGUUUGCCGUCAUGGUAGCGUCAUUAGCUAUUGUCAUAGUAUUCUCGCCUGGGGGAUGGUAAUUGACGAAGGAAAAAAAAAAUUGGGGUGUCUGGAGUAUACAUGAAUGUCACGGUAUGAAUGUAUCUUGGUUAGCUUUACAUACGGGCGGCGUGGGUUUGAUUUUACAUUGAUAUCCAAACAUACUAGUAUAAACAUAGGAUUUAAUUUGCUUGCACGAGGCUGUCC